ACAAUACUUUAAUUAGUGAAUCGGUAAAAGUGAAAUAAAUUAUAAAAUAAAAAUAUUUAAAGGUACCGUGCCCGUAGCAAUAAAAGUUAAAAUUACCUACUACGACGUAAAUUUAAAAUUUACAAAGGUAUUCAAGAACCACCCACAUGGAGAAAAAUAAACAAAACAGAUGAAUAAAAUAUAGAAAUGCAACAAGUAAAAGUUGCCAAUUGGGUCGAGUAAAAGAAAACUGAUGCACAGACGAAGUAAAUCACUUAUGGCGCCGGGUUUUCCUAUAGACCUGCUGUGAACUCUCGGUACCGCCGGUGCCAGUCAUUCCGGUGGCCGAUGGAUAACCUUCUAUCAGUUUCUUUACCUCCGCCAAUGUAUCCACUUUGCGCCUUGUCUUAUCGGGAAGCAGAAUAACAAUUCUUCCCUCCACUGACCAGCAGCUCUUGAUUCCAAAAUGCUUACGAGCGGUGGUGAAAGCCAGAUGCCUUGGCCUAGUCAAAAAUUCUGACAUAGUAAUACCAGAACCUUUAAGACCUGUUUUGUUAUCCCAAACAUGGUGACGGUGCUCCAUAGCAGCAAAUCUAACGAGCACAGGGCGGGGUUUAGUACCAGGGGAGCCAAGACGGUGGCAGGCUUGUAGCUUGUCCUGUGGGAAGUCUGGUAGCUUCAGUUUGACAGAGAUGACUCGAAGAAUUGAGUCAUUAAGAUUUUCAUUCUUCUCCUCGGGAAGCCCAUGAAACAGAAGCACUUUUCUACGCAUUACCAUCUCAUGCCUGUCCUGUGCCAGUGUUAAUAGUUCCAACUGAGUUUUUAUUCUUGUAAUGGCACCCCAGAUGACAGAUUUAAAUUCAGUGUACUCACGGGAUAAUGUGGCAAUAUCAGGAUUGGCAGCAGGUCCAGUUUUCAUCCCUUCUAACUUCCUGUCAUACUCUGCCAUGCGGGAAGUGAAGAAUUUCUCAAGGUCUUCCAAAUUACUUGAGAGUUGUGCAUCCAUUAUGUAAAAAUAUGUAUAUAUGAACUUCCAGAUAUGAAUAAAUAAAAAUACCCAAAGCGAAAUGCCAAGGAAUGACUAUGAAAUGAGAGCAGGCGGCGCCGCGGUCGGUGGCGAACAGCAGUACUCGCUGAGGUGGAACGACUUCCACUCGGCCAUGGUGUCCUCCUUCCGGCGGCUGCGCGACGAGGAGGACUUCGUCGAUGUCACCCUCGCCUGCGCCGGCGCAACCUUCAGUGCACACAAGGUGGUGUUAUCAGCGUGUAGCCCCUACUUCCGAAGACUGUUGAAAGCCAACCCCUGCCAGCAUCCCAUCGUCAUCCUUCGGGACGUCCACGACAAGGACAUGGAGAGUCUACUCAGGUUUAUGUACCAAGGAGAAGUUCACAUUGGACAAGAGCAGCUGAAAGAGUUCCUCAGGGCCGCACAGUUGCUGCAAGUCCGGGGUCUGACCGAUGUUCCUGCGCCCGCGCCAGUGCCUACUUUAGAUCAAAAAUCAUCACCGUCAGCAUCGUCAUGGACGGAAACUGGUAGUGGGGGUUCCCGGGAAGGCCGGGACUCUCAGCAGCGGGAAGGCAGAAGGUCUAGAAGACCAGAAGAUGGCCCCGCUAGUACCCCUCCCCCAAAACGAGCGCGGUCGUCAGAUUUGUACCAGGCACAACUUAAAACUAGGACUGAACAACUAAUGGCUGUACAAGGGGGGAGCCCUGAACGUCUGGGGGCGAAUGGCCACGAACUGGGGCUAUUUGGGCAAGUUCUGGAUAGCGCACAAAACCCACACCUUUCUGGGACUUCCAACAAUCUGUCUGGAGACGGAGAGGAAUCAUCAUCAGACGCCGGUGCCAGCGACACGGAGGGGGAGACGAGAGCCAAGCAGGAGCCCCUGGACUAUGAUGACCCCGCCACCAUGGCCAACACCAACGGAACUCUGUCCAACUUCCCCGGCCUACUCAACUUGCCAGGCUUCCCAGGGCUACCAGGCCCAUCAGGGAUUGCAGACAACUAUGCUUGCCGGAGGAACCAAGACCUGCUGAGGGUGCGGGCUACGGACCCUCGUCCCUGCCCAAAGUGCGGGAAGAUCUACCGCUCAGCACACACCCUGAGGACGCAUCUUGAGGACAAGCACACUGUGUGCCCUGGAUAUCGGUGCGUACUGUGCGGAACUGUCGCGAAGUCCAGGAACUCCCUUCACUCACACAUGUCGAGGCAGCACCGGGGCAUCUCCACCAAGGACCUGCCUGUCCUGCAAAUGCCGACGAAAUUUGACCCGGAACUUGCCAGCCAACUGCUAGCUAAAGCCGGCGUGAAGGUGUCUCCGGAACAGCUUCGAGCCCGGGCCUCCCCCACGGGCCCCCGGCGCUCCGACAUCAAGCUGGACGCCAAGUCCGCCGCCUCCGAGAGCAGCUCCGUCUGCGGGGACAACGACAACGACGACCUCAGUCAGUCCCGCUACCAGGACAGCAUACCUGUCUCACCGCCGCAUAUAAACAACUUGGCGAAUACCACCAUAACGAAGGUGCCAGCAGUGCGCGCAGUUACGGCCAAGACCCUGGAAAACCUUCCUCACAACCUGGGCGCUGCCAUGAAGCACGACGACUACCCGCCGGGGUACGGGGGCUCCGCCAUCUUGGACACCUACAUGCAGUACUUCGGGAUGAAUGCGGCUAAAUUAGCACAGCAGAUGACGACUAUGCACAUGGACAGGAAAACUUACGAUGAGCCUUCGCCACAAAUGGGAUCCCUACCCCCGCACCCGACUAACUUGGCACAUCAGCGCUUUCUGAAGCAGAUGCAGCGGCAAUACACAGACACUAUGACCAAACCAGACAUCAUGCGCAAUUCCGAUGAACCGCUCGACUUGGGGAAAGAAAGGCAAAGGAAUGAUAGCAUCAGCGAUAUGGAAAUAGAUAAAAACGAAACAGCAGAUAAAGAAAACAGCAAAGAUUACAAUGACGAUGACAGAAACAGAAUGAACAAUACAGAUCAUGACCUUGACAACAGUGGCCAAGAGGAGGGAGAUUACUCAGAUGAUGAACACAAGAACGCGUCAUGAAAUGAUCACGCUUUUGCAGUAGGAGUGUUGAAUUAGUCGCGAGCCGACGAACACAGAUAGGACAAAGUUUUGUUGAUGGUUUUACAAACGGUGCUUGAGUGUUAUAUUUUGUGGUCAUUAGCUGAUUCUUCGUUUUACGGUUUAAUUGUUAUCCCGUGGAAUGUCGUUGGUGCCAUUUCCAAUAUUGUAAUGUAAAUUUUAAAUUUAGGAUUAAUGAUUUGAGCCCGUGCCAGGAUAUGUUGCAGAUUGCGGAUUAUGUACUUAUGUUGCUGGAACAUGAAGGUUUAGGUCGUCGACGACGCUUUCUUGAUGAGUAUUGAAGCAUUUGUUCGCAGUUAACAGUUGCUCGCGUUUCAUUCAUUCACUUUGAUUUAGUUUAGCGUCCGCCCGGCUCCGCGUGUCUCCACGUAGGUAGCACCUCACCUUAGUUCAGAUCGUCGACUCCCCACUCAACGUGUUUUAUUAGAUAAUUAUAACUAGUGAGUAGUGUUUUGUAAUGUGUAUGUAAGGUCCCUGUCACGUAGUAGGGCCUCUUACAUAGUAAUUCCAUCCAUCUACCUCAGCAUUUGGGCCAAUGCGGCGAUUAUAAAUAAUGAAAAUCCACACAAAUUGUGAAAUUCCAUCCAUCUACCUCACUUCAAUAGAUUUUAUUUAAUAUUUUAUACAAUUUAUAGAUAUAAAUAACUGUUGUUUUAUGCAUUUUGCAGAUUGCAUUUAUAUAUAUAUAUACUAUAUAUAGAAUAUAUUGUAGGUAAAUAUUACGCAAGUCAUUAGGUGAUCGUUAGUGCUGCCCUUAGAUCGUUCGGUAACCGUUUAUUUUGAUAGAAUGCACUCACUAGAGAAAUAUUAGACUGUAUCACGACCGUAGGGUGUAUGGACGUAACCUCGGAUAUCAGACAGCACACUAAUGUUAGUCUUUGUAUACGAACAAAUUUGACAGAGCUUAAAUUCUUAAUGUUAAUAAGGACGAGGUGUUCGUCGUCACAUUAUAUUUUACAAAACGACAUCAAGUCGUUAUUUACCUGAUAUAAACAUCAUACAAUUGUUAUAAUAUGUCAUACCUUGAGACUGAAUUUGUAUUCGGUGAGAGGUUAAGUUGAACAGAGAAAGAUACAUUGUAUAUAAACUGAGGUGAUAAUGUAAAGUACAUAAUGAUAACAAAAGCAAUAAAUAAAGUAUACCUUGAUGUUGCCUUCUUUACGUGUAAAUAGAAAGUAGUGACGGUUUGCGUUGACGUGUGAUUCAACAAACAGGUGGAUUAUUUUGUAGUAAUGAUGUGGGCUCGUUACUUAAAUAACAAUUACUGUGAUUACAAUCUCAUGUUAGCCUUCAAUACUUAUACAUAUUUUUUAGAGUACAAUGUUAUAGUUAUUUAGUAUAUUGUAAGAGGUAAGCGAGUCACAAAAUUAUAUUUACUUCCCUGAAUUAAAUUAGAAUUCACAUUAUUUAAGUACCUAUAUAGCAAUAGGAGAAGCAUUUAACCUUUUAUAUGAGAGUUAUUUAAUUGUGAAUGAAUUUAUUGAGGUGUCACAGUCGCUUUGUAUAGUAGUGUGUAUCUAAUUGUAAGUGGAAAGAACUUCCAAGAAAUUUGUAUAAGAUAAUGUUUCUUAUUUUGUUAUUGAUCGAUGUUCAAUUUGUUAACUGUCAUUGUUAAUUAUUACAGUUGAAAAUUUACUAAAUUAUUAUUUUUUGUGAAUUUAAUGAAUAAUUUGUACCUACUUGCGUAUAGCGAAUAUCCACUUUUACUUUGGAAACUGCGUUUUAUGGUUAUUGUUUAAUUAUUAAUUUGAUUUUAAAGUAAUGUUGUUAACUUAGCGUCACGUAUACCAAUGUGGCAACUUAGAAUCUUAUGAAAUGGCGAAUUGUGGCAGUCAAUAAAUUCAUAAAACGUAUGAUAGAAUAAGUGCUACGGGUUGAUUAUUUUUUUUUUAGUGUGUUAGAGAGAUUGUGGAGUAGCGCCGCUUCGUUUGCGAAACAUUAAAACUUGUUGACAGUUAGCAGUGUUGCCAUAGUGAGUAAUUAUUUUCGACUGUAUAUAAAUAAGUUUGAGUGCUUAAUUCAUUAUUAAUUAUAACGGUAUUGAAGAGAUAUUUUAUUUAGACUACUCUGACCAUAGUAUCUACACGUACGUUUGAAUAGACGCACCAUAUACUUACCUAACACAAAGCAAUAGUUACCAUAAUGUGAUUAAGAAUAUGGUAUAAAGUAUAUAUUUUUUCAAAACACCCCCACUACCGAUAAGAACAGUGCCAAAAUGUAAGUUACAUCGAUAUUAUUUAUAAAUAGCAACAAAAAAUGUUGAUCAAAAUAAUCUUUAAAAAACAUUCGAUGUAACAUAUAUUGUACGCGCUGUACCGUUGUUGAUUAUACAGAAUAUUAUAUACCAGUGAAAAUUAUAAUAACUAGGACUUUAAGUCGAUGAUUAUAUUAUAUGAAUGCUCUUGAUAUUGUAUAAACUUACAAUUAGUUACCUUAUGAACUUCGGAAGUUCGCGUUUCUUUAUUUUAUAUUGACUAUACCUCAUUAGCAUGACUGUUCAUGUAAAACUCAUUUUUAUUUUACUCUGUUGUGAGAAUGUCCUUGUUGGCUUAUUUGUAACAAAGGAGUGGCGAAAUAUUGUUUCUGUUGAAAUCCCGGUUCUAUGUUACACAAAUAAAUGUACUUAUACUUAGUUCAAAUAUUAUUUGAAACAAUAUAAGUGUCGCCUCUCUUUUCAAUGCAGAUUAAAACGCUGGUCAUCUGCCGCCAUAAUUAUACAUAGAGCCAAGUUGAUCUAUGGUUUCAGACGUUGUCAAAAUAACGCCAGCAAGACAAGCAAAAAUGCGGAGUUACUAGUGUAGCGAGCACAAACUAAUUAAGUUACGAAGCUGAUGUAUGCGUAGAUUAGAUGAUUUGUUUCAUUAUAUUUACCACCGGUUGUUGUAACUUGCAUUCUAUUAUUAAUGUUGACCAGAAUUUGAUAGCCUGAAAUGGAACUGAAGCUUUUGGUUCAAUUUGGUACUUAUAAUUCAGUACCCACUGUCUCAAACGCUCCUAUACAUUGGUUUACAAUAACAACUUUCCAUUUUUGAUUCUUGAUGAAAAAUCAAGCUUUCCAGGAUACAAUUUUAUUCGAAGUUACAUUUUGUCAGCGGCAUACCGCAUAAAGUACAGGAAACUAUUCCAGCCAGCCCAAUAAGUGAUUAACUAUGUACUAUACUUAAGUUCCAUUUCAGCUUGCUUGCCGAAAUUAAUUUUUCUUGAUGUACUGUAUACCACUGCCGCAUGCAUCGCCAAAAGCCUGAUUUACGUUACACAUAUCUACAAUUCUCAUCAAAACAAUCAACUAAUGAACAACUUUGUCUUGAGUUAAAUACUGUCUUUCGAGUGAUAAAAUGGUACAUUGAUUUUUUUCUAUACUUAUUACAACUUGUUUUAUUUUGCCAGCCACGUCCGUAAUUAUAUUUUCCAUAUGCAGAAACCUUUAAUUAGGCAUAAAGACAAUGUACUUCGUCGUCACUGUAUGUCAAAAUAAUACAACCGUGAAAUGUUGCCAUAUAAAAAUUGUCAUAGAAAAUGGUGGUAAAGAUUUAAUUUAUUGAACUACUUUUGCCAUUAUACAUUAGUAUACUAGUUGUA